CCCCCCCCCCCGGUACGCUCCACCUAGAGAGCUCGUGCAACAGACGGUCCCGUCCAGUUCGGUCCAGAGCACCGACUCCAGUCUCUCCGUCUGCCCAGGAAUGAGAGAGGAUGGCCGGCUCUAUAGCAGAGGAGAAAACCUUCCGACGGUUCCUGGAGCUGUUCCUCCGGGAGAUGAGGAUGCCGCUGCAGGAGAGCGACCCGCCGCCGAUGCGCCCUUUGUCGGAGCAGGUGGGCGAGGACGAAGUGGAGGGGGAAUGCCUCGACCUGUGUCUCCAGCACCUUUACAAAUAUAACUGCCCCUGCUCCCUGGCUGCGGCGCUGGCCAGAGCCACAGCCGACAGCCUCCUGCAGACCGACUUCUCCGUCUACCACCUCAACACGGCGGUGGAGGAAGGAGUUGAUCCGCUACCACAGAUGGAGUCCGUGAAGCUGGCCUGGCUGGUCUUCAACAGGCUCUUUGAGAUUUGCUGCCAGUGGCUGAAGGAGCUUCCGUACCGCCGGCGCCCACAGCCGUACUACGAGACCUCCAUCCACGCCAUCAAGAACAUGAGGCGCAAGAUGGAGGACAAGCACGUCAUCAUCCCCGACUUCAACUCGCUCUUCAACCUUCAGGGUCAGGAGGAACAGGCUUACUUCGGGGUGUUCGACGGCCACGGCGGCGUGGACGCCGCCAACUACGCCGCCAACCACCUCCACGUCAACUUGGUCCAGCAGGAGAGCUUCAAGCAGGACCCGAUCGCGGCGCUGUGCGGAGCCUUCAAAGUCACCGACGAGCGCUUUGUGAAGAAGGCCCGCAGAGAGCACGUGCGUUGCGGCACGACGGGCGUGGUGACCUUCCUGCGCGGCCGGACCCUGUACGUGGCCUGGCUGGGCGACUCGCAGGUCAUCCUGGUCAGGAAGGGACAAGUGGUGGAGCUGAUGAAACCACACAAACCAGACCGAGAGGAUGAGAAGCUGAGGAUCGAGGCUCUGGGAGGCUGCGUCAUCUGGUUCGGCACCUGGAGGGUUAACGGCAGCCUGUCGGUAUCCAGAGCCAUCGGCGACUCGGAGCACAAGCCGUACAUCUGCUGCGACGCAGACCACGACAUCUUCCCAUUGGACGGCUCCGAGGACUACCUGAUCCUGGCCUGCGACGGCUUCUGGGACACGGUGAACCCCGACGAGGCGGUGAACGUGGUCAGCGACCACCUGGAGGAGAACGCCGGGGACACCACCAUGGUGGCCCACAAGCUGGUGGCCUCGGCGCGCGACGCCGGUUCCAGCGACAACAUCACCGUCAUCGUGGUCUUCCUGCGGGACCCGCGCUUGCCGCCCCCCACCGGCCUGGAAGAGGAUGAGGAGGGCGCGACGGAGGCGGUGCGCGGGGAGGAGGACGCCAUGGAGGCGGAGGAGGAGGACCGGGAGGAGGAGGAGGAGGAGGAGGACGACGAGGACGUCAAGGCGGAGCGCGAAGUCGGCGAGGGGGGCAGCACUGCGGACAUCGGGGGCAAGGGUCGCAGCGGGUGGCCCCUGCAGCAGUGCUCGGCCCCCGCCGACCUCAGCUACGAAGACCGGACGGACUCGCUCACGGACAGGACCAGCCUCGGCCUCAUGGGGCCCUCGCUCGAGGGCCGCAUCUCCCUGUUCCCACGGCGACCCCGCUCCGACCUCGGGCCCGACCUCUGCACGGCACCCCGCAUCUACCGAGAAGAUCGCCCCCCUAGGCGCAGGUUCUUCCAGGAGCCCGGCGCCUCCGGCUUCACAGACCGGCUAUGGCCCCGCGCGAGCGCCGCGCUGUUCGGCCCGACGUUGUGGCAGGGCCACAGGCCUGGUCCCGGUAGCCGACGGCGUGUCCGGAGGAGGCCAGGCGCUUCUAAGAAGCUGCUUGGCCUGUUACCGUCCGGCCAGCUGCUGCCGGACACGCAGCGCCACUCCGACCGGAUCCCCGGAGUGGCGACGCCUCACCUGCCCCACGGUACCGCCAUCUGAAAAAUGAGUUGACUCCCAAAACCACAACCCAUCUGCUCCAUUUGUCCUGACCCACCUCCACAAGGCGCCUGUCUCCGAUAGAAGGUCGUCGUGGCUCCGGCAGACUUUAUCUGUUGAUUGAAUUUCCAACUAAAACCCACCGUAGGUAAAGAGAAAAAUUGAUCUACAUCCUGACCACCGACCAGAUGUCAUGAAGCCAGAGCUGGAGAUUUAAUUCAUGUGGUGGGCUGAGAUACGUUUUCGGGGACGUGCAGUGAAACGGAUUUGAUCUCAUUGCUUAUUUAUCUUAUAUGUACGGAUAAGAUCCGAUCUGAUAUGUAUUUACUUAUCUUGGCCGAAGAUGUCCUUUUCAAUAUUAACAUUUGAGAUUUAUAAAAAUACAAUAAUGAGAUAUAAUGUCCACCCCUCCUUCAAGAGAGAAAAUGUGACAUUUUAGAUAGUAAAAAGUAUUUUAAACAAACACGUUUUUGCCGUUCCUUACUCCGUAAUAUAGAGCAAAUAUCUAGAAGUCUGUUAAACUUAGAACAAGCGAAAACAAUCAGUUGGUUUUAGUCAAACCCCCCCCCCCCCCCCCCCCUUUGGGUUCAGUGACCUAGCCAUCCUACAGCCCCAGUUUGUCAGUAGAUAAAAGCCCUUAACACCAGAUUAUAAAAGAUUAGCGGUCACUUACCUGAAUAAAUGCUCCAUGGACUCGAGUGUUCCAGAUGUUGAUACAAGUGUAUCCCCAUCAGAAAGCUGAGUGGAUGGGUAUUUAAAAAUAUAUUUUUGUUGUUGACAGAACUAUUUAAAAGGACUACAAAUGUAUUUACUUUUACACAAACCCCAUGAGAGGUUUUUUCCAACAGGCUCGUACAAUAGUAGAAAAUUGUAGAACACGUGCCUCCAGAUGUGUUACUAAAGCCUACUUCCUUUAUACACAUUCAAUGCUUUAUUAAAUCCAUUUGUUAAUAUUAACCAGGCGUUUAUUCAUUUCUUCUUGGAUGAGAAGCUUGAUACCAUCAUUGUAAUCAUCAAAUAAUACUGAUUUAAUAAUACAGCACCCUUAUUAACUUGGUGAGACUGACCUGUGCUUGAAAUAUUAACAAUAGUUAACCAUACGUAAUGAGUAAACUAAUUUGACUAAACACUUCCUAUGAAGCUCAAAGGAUCAAAGAUAAACCCACGUUAACCCAAAAGUAGCUUUUGAUUGUCCCUUUCAAAGUACUUAACGCUAAUGCUACAUGUUUUAAUUUGACUCUAAACCCCACUGGUGAUUUAUUUUUCCAUAGCUGUGUAGCUAACUGUUAUUACACAUUUAGCUGCCAAAUUUUCUAGUAAUCAUUGUUGAAGCGUUGCUUUCUCGUAUUUUCGGCGGCCAAAACAACUGUCGCUAGUAUAUUUCUAUCUUAGCUAGCUAGCUAAUUACCGUUGGUUUGAAACUUUUUUUUUUGUGCCGCUUGAUUUUGAAACAAGAACCCUGUAUGAGGAUUCUCAAAUAUGCCUUUGUUAGCGACUAUUUUUUGACAUAACAAUAUAAGAACGGUGGUAAAGCUACAUUUGUAAUUUACCAAAAAAUGCUUCGAUUGCUUUUUAAUGCUAGCCUUGAAUCUAUCCAAGUUGUUUGGCGAGCGUAAAGUCCUAACAUUGGACCGAGGUUGCUAGAGUUCAGACCUCCACAUGUCCAAGAGGAGAUUCUAAUGUUUUACUUUGAUACUCUUUGUAGCCUCCGGUAGAUGCUAACGUUAAACUGAGGUACCCCUUGUAGCCUGCGGUAGAUGCUAACGUUAAACUGAGAUAGCCUGCGUAGCCUCCAGUAGAUGCUAACGUUUAACUGAGAUACCCUUCGUAGCCACUGGUAGAUGCUAACGUUAAACCGAAGUACCCUUCGGAGACUCCGGUACCGGUUGGGUCAAUACUUCCCAUCAUAGGGGUUUGGAGCCUUUCCUCGUUGUUUACAGAACGGCCAUUUUGGACGCGUCAAAUCAUAUCCCUAACACAAUCAUUCCCCAAUUCUUUUGGUUGGCGCAGGGACUUUCCAAACACGAGGACGUUUAGUGAGGGGCUUUAGUGAGGGGGUUUAGUGAGGACGUUGUGGCCUCGAUCAAACAUGCGACUCCCCAGGCAUCAGGCCCUGAAACCCGACCUGUGGACGGAUGGGUGCGCAGCCUCAGUAGAGCAGAAUGUCCCUUGUUUGGUAGCACCGCAGCUACGAGGGAUCCCCUUUGUUGAAGCAUCAUUGGUUGAUACCACGAGACGUCCACAAGUGGCGCGGCUGAAUACGUGUAGUUUGAGUUCCAGUUGUGGGAGUGCUAGAGGAGUGUAUACAAUAUUUAUGUCUUGUAAAUCAAUGGUUUCCCCCCCCCCCAACC